UCCACGUCUCACUGUCCACAUCUCACUGUCCACGUCUCACUGUCCACAUCUCACUGUCCACGUCUCGCUGUCCACGUCUCGCUGACCACGUCUCACUGUCCACGUCUCACUGUCCACAUCUCACUGUCCACAUCUCACUGUCCACGUCUCACUGUCCACGCCUCACUGUCCACGUCUCACUGUCCACAUCUCACUGUCCACGUCUCACAGUCCACGUCUCACAGUCCACGCCUCGCUGUCCACGCCUCGCUGUCCACGCCUCGCUGUCCACGCCUUGCAGUCCACGCCUCGCUGUCCACGCCUCGCUGUCCACGUCUCACAGUCCACGUCUCACUGUCCACGUCUCACUGUCCACGCCUCACAGUCCACGCCUCACAGUCCACGACCGCUGUCCCGUCUCAGACCACGUCUCGCUGUCCACGUCUCACUGUCCACGUCUCGCUGUCCACGUCUCGCAGUCCACGUCUCACUGUCCCGUCUCACAGUCCACGUCUCGCUGUCCACGUCUCACUGUCCACGUCUCGCUGUCCACGUCUCACUGUCCACGUCUCACAGUCCACGUCUCGCUGUCCACGUCUCGCUGUCCACGUCUCAGUCCACGUCUCACUGUCCACGUCUCACAGUCCACGUCUCGCUGUCCACGUCUCGCUGACCACGUCUCACUGUCCACGUCUCACUGUCCACGUCUCACAGUCCACGUCUCACUGACCACGUCUCACAGUCCACGUCUCGCUGACCACGUCUCGCUGACCACGUCUCACUGUCCACGUCUCGCUGACCACGUCUCACUGUCCACGUCUCACUGUCCACGUCUCACUGUCCACGUCUCACUGUCCACGUCUCACAGUCCACGUCUCGCUGUCCACGUCUCGCUGACCAUGUCUCACAGUCCACGUCUCGCUGUCCACGUCUCGCUGACCACGUCUCACAGUCCACGUCUCGCUGUCCACGUCUCACAGUCCACGUCUCGCUGA